AGUUGGACCUCGAGUUGGGCUGCAGGUCCCUUCCAUUGCAUCCUUUUUUGGCUUCAAGGCUCUAAGUGUGGGGCGCCAUGGCUGAUGGGCCAGAUGGGCCACAAGGUGGGCCACAAGGUGGUCCACACGGAGGGCUCCCACACCAGCCAGAAGUGCCAGGUGAUAAGGUGGAGUACAAGCUUCAGGGAAGAAUCUUGUCGGUCAGAAAGGCCAAUGGAAGUGUCUCCCCAGUUCUGACUGGAAAAAGUGUCGUGCUGAAGUCUGUCACCCAGGAUGAUGGCAGCAAACGUUCCAUCACUAAGGCCACUUGGUUCACUCCGCAGUUGAGCGUGUCAGAUGAGGAACGGGAACAUGUCCGGAUGCCAUUCAGAGAGAAGCCACGGGAAUGGCGCAAACAACGUCCACAUGAAAGGCAUGGGAGGUAUAUGGACUCCAUGGACUAUCACAUGAGCAUGCAGAGGGAUCAUGCAGAGGCUUCUGUGCCGCAAUUCGCUCAGACCUUCACAGAUCACAGGAGCUAUCAGAAUGAUCCUGGAUCUCUCCAGGGCCCGCCACUAAUGGCAGACUUGCGCCAAACGGCCGCAGGUGAACUUGGAGCGCCAAGGGGGGGGCGUUCGAAGACGGACAGCCCGGAGCAUCCAGAAGUCACCUCCGGCUCAGCGGCCCCAGGAAUUCAAGGGAUCCAAGGGGCGCCUCAAAGCAUCGAGCCAGUGAACGUGCCACACGUGCCACGCGUGCCAGAGAACGUGCCACCAGUGCCGGGUGUGAUUGAGACAGAUUUUGUGCCAGAGAUGGCCCAUUCUUCGGAUGAUCAAGAUGGAGAUCACGCAGAGCAAAGCCUUGAGCUGGACGACAUCUUGGACUCCAAGAAGGGCUCCAAGACCUCUGAUAGCCGCCCCAACACCGCCGAGAACGGCUGGGAAAAGUCGGUGGUGCGGAUCUUGGGGCUGCUGGAGGAGCAUUCCAAGUUCAAGAAAACCGCCUUCCGUUCACGGCGCCGAUUCUUUAACAACCUCUUCUUGUCCGCUCGCCUGGGCAUGUGGAUGGUGAUCUUGUCCGGGCCGGUGAUCGUAUGGCCCGUGGCACAGUAUUUCAACGACUUUGGGGACCGAAGUAGCAAAUAUAUGGCCAGCUAUGGAAUGGCAAUGUCCAACUUUUGCUUCUUGCUCUCGCCCAACGUGGGCAUGGGAAUUCGCUAUGCCCUAGAGGGUGUGAUUGGAACACUGCUGGCGCUGGCAAACAUGCUGAUGCUCAACCAAGCCUUCGGAACUUUCAUGCAUGGAGGUGCCUAUGCGACCAGGGAGGAGUUCACGGAUACAGCUGCAAACAUGGUGAUUUACAGGUCUGAGUGGCUUCCACUCUGCAACCUUGGCAAUGGAGCUCGUUUUAUCACCACCAACUCCACCUCGGAAUUCAUGCAGCAAUGCUUCCUGAACGUGCACUGGUCCUCUAUGACCGAUGGAGGCGUUCGAUCCGCCAUUGUCUUGGUGGACCUGGCGCUGUUCACGGCCCUGUUUCUGGGCUUUGGCUUCGGAGCCUCCACCAGGAUCUACGCCUUGACCUACCUCACGUUCUGGCUCAUGCUCUUUGUGAAUCCGGGCUCGGAUGCCUACAUGGAGAAUCCUUCGGACCCCUGGACUCAGUCCAUCAUGACCUGCAUCGGCUGCAUGUUGGCGGUGGUGGGGCAAUUUCUGCCCUGUCCCAACACGGCCCUGGGCAAUGCCACGAAGCUCGGCCGUGAGCUCACGCAGUCCGUGGCGGCCAUCCUGGAGAGCCUGCCGUUUGCACCUCGUCACGAGACCCGCGUACCUCUGGAGUCGGCCUUGGAGGCACCCCAGCUGUGGCUGAAUGAUCUGGGGCAGCUCUGUGGGGCGGCCUGGUUUGAGGACCUGGGCAUUCUCCCGGGCCGUGCGCGGCGACGUCAUCGCCUGGAGCAAUACGUGGAGCUGCAGGCGGCCCUGCUGCAGCACAUGACCUUGGCGUCGCGCCUGGGGGCUGCGUUGACGGAUGAGGAGCUGACGAAACUCGAAGAGAAGUUGCCCGCGCUGGUGGACGUUUGUGCUUAUGCCGCUCGAGCACUUCCUGCACCAGAAGCUAAGGUUGACCCAGACGUCUUGGAGGAUCUAGACCGGGCCAUCAAGGACCUGGAGCGGGAAUUUUCCGCGGCCGUAGGCAAGUUUUCCCUGACAGGGCCCAUCUUGAGCUUCACGCUGGCGGUCAUCUCCAUCGCAUCAGGUGCUGUGGAACGAGUGAAGGUCUUGGAGAAGUCGCUGCCGCCCGCCGAAUCGGGACUCUGCAGGGUUUGCAGGUGGUUUUCGGAACUCUUUCGAAGACUGGAACUGCCACAGACCAGAAGCAAUCCCUCCCACAAGCUCUUCGUCUUUCGCAGCACCUUGGCCAUGGUCCUGGCCUUUCUCUUCGGUUGGGUGGGCCUUGAGCGGGCGAUGGUGGCCUACAGCUUCGGCGCGGUGGUCACCGUCUCGGUAGUGGUGGCGAACACCGGGCAGGCGGGCUUCUCCUUGGGCCUCAUCAUGACGCGCUUAAACAGCGCCGUGAUUGGCACCGUGAUCGGGCAAGCGGUGCAACAAGUCUUGGCGGUCCAAACGGUCUUUCAUGCAACUCUCUUUGGCAUCUUCAUCUGGUGCUACAGUGUUUUUCUGAUUUUUCAGAUCCUGCACUCACCAGAUCAUGCUUCAACGGCCUUGCCGGUUCUGGCCAUCGGCAUUGGAGGCCUGGUUCCAGGCAAUGGGGUCUUUCGUGUCUACAACGCUCAGAUCGAGCCAUCAGCCGAGAUUGCACUGGCAGCCAGUGUGAAGAGUGCUGUCUUUGGUGGUGGAAUCAUGUUGCUCAUCGACCUGUUCCUCUACUCUAGUGCAAGAGGUAUCUGUCAAAAUCAGCUGCGAAAGGCUUUUCAAAAGUCCGAGGGCUUGUUGCUCCGGGUCAUGGGCUUAAGAGCUUCCACCAGUGCGGCGAAUGCCGAUGGAUCUUCCAAUGAAGAAACCCGGGUACUGAUGCACUUGGAUCAGGUGGCCAACUUGUUACCCAUGGCGAAGAAGGAGCCUGCACCUCGUGGCAUUGAGUUUCCCAUGUUGCUCUUCAGCACACUGGAACAGUCCUUGCGGAUCAUCGCUAUCGAACUGGGCACACUCGAGUGGAUGUUGGAAGUCUCAUCCAAUACAGCUUUGGUUGGACAGGAAGAGUUGGGCCCGCUGCUCACUGAGAUUGAAGGCUACCUUAGCAAGAUGAUGUCCUCCUCUCUGGUGAUGUUCGAUGACAUUUGCAAGCGCAAGUUCCUCAGUGCGGCCGCUGCCGGCGACCUGAUCUCAGAAGCUUCCAGCCUUCGUCGCGACAUUUUGGACAAGGAAUACACGCGCAUCUCCACAACCAACGCGAAGAUCGAAACGCCCAAGGCACAGACACGACGUUUGUCGAAUCUGGCGCAGGUGGCAGCUAGGAGGAACUCAACGUCAGGUACCACACACAACUUCCAAAAUUUGAUCCAACAGAUUCGGGAAAAGGCCAAGGAAAAUCGUGGCCUGUUGCCCACCUCUGAUCUUUAUGCUCAAGUGGAGCUGUUAGUUUCCGUCUUGGCCACCGUCAGCAGACACGCCCAGACGAUUCAAAUCACCUUAGCCCAGUAUGGCUAGGACCUCUCAUCGGAAUCCUCCAUGACAUGUCACCAGUCACCAGCACUGCCAUCUUUGUUCAAAAGGUGGGCGCAUUUCUGUGUUUAGCCAGGUUUCACACAGUUUCGAAGGGGAAAACCUCUAUCCAGUUGCACGAUGUUUCAGUCUUUUCGCUGCGCUCUUAGAGCUGCAGUGCAUGAGUUACACAAUUAGUCAGG